AUGCCGUCGUCCGCCGCCGCCCCGUCCGACGACGACGGCAAGCUCCAGCGCUUCCUGCAAUGGCUCCAGGCCAACGGCGCCGACCUCCGCGGCUGCGCGAUCCGGGCCUGCGGCCGCAAGGGUUUCGGCGUCUACGCCACCGCCGCCGCCGCCGACGGUAACCGUUGCUCUUCUCCCCCUCCCGGAGAUGGCGGUGCGGGGGUGGUGAUGGCGGUGCCGCUGGACCUGGCCGUGACCCCGAUGCGGGUGCUGCAGGACCCGCUCGUCGGCCCGCGGUGCCGCGCGCUCUUCGAGGACGGCGGCGUCGACGACCGCCUCCUCGUCAUGCUCUUCCUCAUGGCCGAGCGCCUCCGCCCCACCUCCCUCUGGAAGCCGUACUUGGAUGUGCUCCCGAGCACCUUCGGGAGCUCCGUGUGGUUCGACGACCAGGAGCUCGCCGAGGUGGAAGGGACGACGCUGCACCGCGCCACGGUCAUGCAGAGAAAAUCGUUACAGAAGUUAUUCGAUGACAAGGUGAAAGGUCUGGUCGAGGAGCUUCUGCAUGUCGACGAAUCGGGAAGCUCAAUUGAAGUGCGGUUUGAGGACUUCCUUUGGGCAAACUCAAUUUUCUGGACUCGAGCGCUGAACAUCCCGUUGCCUCAUUCUUACGUUUUUCCUGGCUCACUUGAUGAGCAACAGAACAGUACUGGGGAAGUUUUGGCUGAUUCUAGUCUCACCAACCAACAGGAAACUGACAUUACAACGAAGAAUUGUAGUGGUGACGAGAUUCCUGAAUCUUGUAAUACAGAGUCAAUUUGGGUUGAGGGACUCGUGCCAGGAAUCGAUUUCUGUAACCAUAAUAUAAAGGCUCUGGCGACAUGGGAAGUUGAUUCGGUGGGAAAUUUAACAGGAAUUCCUGCUUCAAUGUACCUCAUGCUGGUGCAAGCUGGUAAAAGCUCUGUUGAGACUGGGACAGAGAUCUACAUAAAUUAUGGCAACAAAGGAAAUGAGGAAUUGCUGUACCUAUAUGGAUUUGUGGUUGACAAUAAUCCAGAUGAUUAUCUCAUGGUUCAUUAUCCAAUAGAAGCUCUUAGACAGCUUCAGUCUGCUGACGUUAAGAUGAAGCUAAUUGAGAUGCAGAAGGCUGAAUUGAGAUGUCUUCUACCUACAAGUUUGCUUGAUAGGGGAUUUUUCGGAACCAGUACCAGUUCUGGUGAAGAUGAUGAUAACAAGAAAAAGCAUUUUUCUAGUUACAGUUGGAGCGGUCAACGCAAAGUUCCAUCAUAUCUCCAAAAAAAUGUUUUCCCUCAAGAAUUUUUAAGUACUCUUCGCACAAUUGCCAUGCAAGAACAUGAACUUGAACAGGUUGCUUCCCUGCUUGGAGAGGUUGGGUCUACUGAGGAUGGAGAACCAUCUGAUGCAGAGAUCAAAAGUGCUAUAUGGGAGGUGUGCGGUGAUAAUGGAGCACUAGGAUUGCUUGUGGAUCUUCUUAGGGUGAAAAUGGCUGAACUUGAAGAAGGCACUGGAACAGAAGCAUCUGACAGUCAACUGCUGGAGAAAUUUGAUUCAAAUGAUCCAGACGACUCCUCAAGUGCAACCAUUGAGAGCACCGAAGCGACGAAGUCGAGAGUGAACAGAAGGUCGUGUAUAGUGUACCGAAGAGGGCAGAAGCAGCUGACGAGGAUGUUCCUCAGGGAGGCGGAACGUCUUCUGGAGCUGUCCGCGGAGGAGCAGACCUAA